AUGGACCUCAAUUCUGCGGAUAAGGCUUUGAGGUGGAUGCGGAGAGACGAGAAGCCUCAUGCCCGUUUCGAAGGAAUAGCCAUCCUCUGGAUCGCGUUCUCAUCCGUUUGGACUAUCCUCUUGGUUGCUGGUAUGGCAUUCCUUUAUAGGCGACGUGAUAUGCCAAUCCUUCGAAUUCGCGGCCUUCUUCUUUCAUUUGGCGCUGUUAUUCUACUCCACCUCUACUGGAUCGCCGUUCAGUGGGUUUAUGUCGUCGCGCUUCUCUUCCCGCCUGCCGUUGAGUUCUGGAUUAUGAGCAUUUGGCUUCCGUUUGGCAUUGCUUUAUUCCACGCUUCUAAUAGCCGCUUCCUCUAUGUUGCUAAAUCUCAAAAGAACUUAUUUGCUAGCAAAAAUGCUAGGCCAAAGUCAGAACGAGUUAAAAAACAGGGCUUGAUCGGGCGUUAUUCCAAUCUUAACUAUACCAAGAGAAUGCUAGUCCUCGUUGGCCUUGGUAUGCUAUUCCAAUUGCUCUUAACUACUUUUAUGUUCCUCGUUUCGCGCAAAUUUCACGACUCAUUUGGUAUUUCCGGUACAGAGGUUACUGGCACAGAAUCGCAACGGAAGGCAGCAGCCCGUAAAGGUUGGGAAUGGUGGCCUUCCAUUGUUUGGCAACUAGUCUGGGCUUGGGUUAUCGCUCCUGUUAUUCUAUGGAAGUCUCGAAACAUCCGCGAUACUCAAGGAUGGAGAGUUCAAACCAUUGCAUGUUGCCUGGCUAACCUUCAUGCGGCUCCAAUGUGGCUUAUCGCUCUCUAUCUCCCUGCCAUGGCACCCGUUAAUAAUGUUUUCGUUCCUCCACAAUGUUCUUCUGAAACUAUAUUUACUAUGGGGGCUCUUGAAUGUAUGCUUGAACGCAACCCAGAGCCCCUUCAACAGUUUUCUGCCCUACAUGACUUUUCAGGCGAGAAUAUCGCUUUCCUUCGAGCUGUUGCCGAGUGGAAGUCAUCUCUUCCUGCGUCUUUCCGAGGUUCAAGCAAUCAGGAGCAGUAUUCCGCCAUUCAAGAACUUAUCCAUGAACGAUUCAACAGCGCGUUACGCAUCUACGCCACCUUCAUCAGCACUCGAGACGCCGAAUUUCAGGUGAACCUAUCCUCUCAGAACCUGAAAAACCUUGAGGAUAUAUUUGAGGUUUCGGCUAGGACUCUGUAUGGAGAUAAACGCCCGGUAGACCCGGCGCUGCCCUUUGAAUCAUUCAACAUGACCUCACUAGCCAACGUCAACUCCUCUGCUGCAUCUGCUCAUGGGUCCGAAGAUGGAAUCUUUACUACAUCAAGAGAAGUGAAUGCUCGUGCUCUUUGGUGGGGAGAUAUCCCUGAACAUUUUAAUGGGAGCAUCUUUGAUGAUGCUGAGGCCAGUAUUAAAUAUCUUGUCUUGACAAAUACUUGGCCCAAGUUCGUCAAGGCCAAGCGAAAUUCUUUGGAAUCUAUGUACAGCUAGGAGUGGGGAAACUUUAACAGACAUAACUGCUGUAGCUAUACUCCUUAUAUUAAGCUUAAAUAGAAAGAAAC